AUUUUGAAGCUUAGCCAAAACAUCAUGGUUUACACGUAGCUUGCGAUUCUGCGCUUCCUGGAUACACGUAACCUUCAUCUCUAUCGUCAUCAGUAAUGAAUCGCUAUCUUCAACUGAAAGCAUUCCAGUGACAAGAAAGUGAGCAGUAAUGGGUGGCGAUACUAUCUUUUCUCCAAUUUCUGCAAUUGAAGAAAAAUCAUUGGCAGAACAAGAUUUUCCACAUGAAUCGAUUGAACCCAGUUUAUACAGUGAGGAUGAGAAUGAUCCCGUGAUCAAUGGAGAAAGUGUACGGGAUUAUGUGGAUUUUUCCCCUGCAGAGAGGCAGAGGCGCAAGGUCUAUGCGGAAGUUUUGAGGAGUUACGAGGAAUUACAGCAUAAGAGUGAGAGAUUGGAGGAGGCCAAAAGUAAAAUCUUGAGCUAUACCCCCGGUUCAUGGAUUGAAAAGGUUGCUGGCAUGGACUUGAGUGACUAUGAUGUCCCAAAGACUACAACACUCUUAUUGAUUGGUCCAAAGGGUUCUGGAAAGAGUAGCCUUGUCAACAAAAUUUCUAGGGUGCUUGAAGACGACAAUUUUGCACCAGAUAGAGCGCAAGUAUCAUAUGACAUAUCUAUUGGAAAUGGGACCUAUUUCCUCCAGGAGUACUUGAUUCCAAGAGGUUCAGGUUCUUUUUGUCUGUAUGACACACGCAGUUUGUCCAAUGAUUCUUCAGAAAAUCUGAAAAUGCUCAAACGUUGGAUGACGAAGGGUGUUCGCCAUGGAGAACUGGUCAAGAGAGAGUCUGACUGUUCAAGUUUAAAAGGCCAAUUGAAGUGCAAGGCACAAAAGAGCAGGUGCAAUCCCAGUCAGGUCAGGAAGAUUAACUUUGUCAUAUUUGUUGUGAAUGGGCUUUCCAUGUUAGAAUCGAUGGACGGUGACAAUGAGACAAACCAAUCAUAUACUGAUAUGAUAGCUACAACUUUCAAGAAUCCAUUAUUGUCAUUCAAAGAUGACAAGCCGGCUGUUGUAGUCACACAUGGAGAUUUACUGUCGCUUAGUGAUCGUGUGAGAGUACGUGUCCAUUUGGGUAAGUUGUUGGGUGUUCCUCCAACAAGACAAAUUUUUGACAUCCCAGAAAGCAAUGAUUCAGCUGUUGCAUUGACAAUAGUCGACAUGCUACGCUAUAGCCUUGAGCAUGCAGACAGAAACCUUCCUGGCAAAGAUCAGUUAAUGAAGAAGAUUUAUAAAACCUCCUUACCAGCAUAUUUACUCCUCCUGUUGGUUCUGGGGAUUUCCAUUGUCUACGAAUGUUGUGGAGCCGGCUUCCAUUCUGAUCCAUUGGAAAUUCAUUUGAAUAAAGCAACUGGAUUGAUUCCCAAAAAAUUUAAGGCAACUGGGGGAGCCAGUUUUCAUUCUCAUUCAUCACUGAUCAAUUUGAACGAAGCAACUGGAUUAAUUCCUAACAAAACAAAGGAAACUGGAGGAGUCGAUUUUCAUUCACAUUCAUCAAAGACUCAUCUGGACGAAGCAACUGGAUCGAUUCCUAACAAAAGAAGGGAAACUUGGGGCUCCGAUUUUCAUGCUCAUUCCUCGAAGAUUCAUUUGGAUGAAGCAACUGGAUCAAUUCCUAACAAAAGAAAGGAAACAAAGAUUGAUUUGCAUAAAUUGGACUGGGUUGCAACUCGGCACUUGUGGUUGGGGUCGGAUUAUGAAUAGCCUCUACUUCCAUUUCAUAUCAAAUUCAGAUGAUUAUCCAAUUUAUAUUCGGAUGACUGUUUUGUCUUUCUGCUUUUGAUGUGAAGGAAAACUUGCAAGUAUCGUAGUAGUUUAAACAAGAAAUAGAUCAAACUUUAGAAAUGCUGUAAUAA